GAGUGUCAUGCGCACGCACACACACACGUUGCUUUUUUUCGUUCGAACUUCCUUUUCUUUUGGUGUUUGGCUGCAGUGUUGUUUUUUGUUUUUUGCUCGUUGUUUCAAAUCAAAUUUUUUUGUUUGUUUCUAAUUCUUCAAAAUGUCCAAGCGAGGUCGUGGUGGUACAGCCGGUGCCAAGUUUCGUAUUUCACUUGGUUUACCUGUUGGUGCUGUUAUGAAUUGUGCCGAUAAUACUGGAGCAAAGAAUUUAUUCGUAAUAGCUGUAAAUGGUAUCAAAGGUCGUUUGAAUCGUUUACCUGCUGCUGGUGCUGGCGAUAUGUUUGUUGCAACGAUAAAAAAAGGUAAACCUGAAUUACGUAAAAAGGUUAUGCCAGCCGUUGUUAUUCGUCAGCGUAAACCAUUCCGCAGGAAGGAUGGUGUUUUCAUCUAUUUUGAAGAUAAUGCCGGCGUCAUUGUUAACAAUAAAGGUGAAAUGAAAGGUUCGGCUAUUACUGGUCCAGUGGCUAAAGAAUGUGCUGAUUUAUGGCCAAAAAUUGCUUCAAAUGCUUCAAGCAUUCAAUAAUUUGGAUAAUUUCAACAACAA